UGGGUUUUUUCUCAUUCAACCUUAGAAAUUUCCACCGGCAAGACCAGACCUAAAUCUUAUCGUAAAAAAAAACUAAGCUAAAAUUCCAAAUUUUACAAACAUAUGGUGACAUCAGAUUUUGUAAACCGAAUUAUCUGUGUAUAUCUAUAAGCAUCAUCAUGCAGCGUUCGUCCUAUCCACUGUGCCACAUGGUGCGACCCCGCCUGAGUGGACGGCUUUUGGGCGGCGGAUGGAUUGCUCUUCGAAGGACCAUGGCCUCAGAUUCCUGGGGUCGGGGUGAUGGCAACAGCGAAUCGAAUUCAAAUUCAAAUUCAAAUUCGAAUUCAAAUUGGAAUACAAAUUCGAAUACGCCCAGGGCUGGCGUACCGCGGGCCAGUGCCACAUCGACGGUGAUGAGUGAUGCUGGCGCCUAUUCGCGUGGCGUGAAUACGAGUGCAUUCGAGCGGCGCAUCAAUCGCGAGGAUAAUAUGUGGCGGGAUCAGAGUUAUAUCGAUACGAAAUGGUUAAAUCCACGUGAUCCUACCGCCUAUCGACCGAAUUUCCGACAAACCGAGCCGACAUCGUUGCGCAAACAGUUUAUGCGCAGUCCGGAUGAGAUAUCCCGUGAGGUGAUGGGUCGCGAUUGGGAGGAAACGGUCCGGACGUAUAAGCGCAAUGCCAAGACCAUACACGGUGGCAUGCAACCGGGUGGGGCACGCAAUGAUAACACACGCAAUCGCCAGCAACAUUUGCAAAUGAUGCACGUGCAACAGCAACAGGAACAGCAACAGCAACAGCAACGAAACCAACAGCAAAAUCAGCAGCAGCAGCAGCAACAACAGAAGAGAAAUCAGCAGCAGUACAAUUAUUGGGGCAGGAACGUGGAGUCGUCCCCCAAGGAUUAAUAAUUCCGAAAAAAAAGAACCCGCCUAACGUGCCAGUCAUAACAGAAUUACCCGAAAUAUAUAUCAUAUAUAUGUAUAUGUAUAUUCCAGUCAAGCAGAGUUGAACACUCACAUCAGUGAUCCAUUAUCUUAAUUCCGUCAGAGUUGACAUCAUUUGUUAAAUUCGUUCAGAUGUUGAUAGCAAAACUUGACUGAUUGCACAACGAAUCGAUCAUGUAUGUCGUAUCAAAUGAUCAUGGAUAUAAUAAUCACUUUUGGAGAUGAAUAAAACUUGGAGAAUGUACAUAUGUCUGAAAAUAAA